AUGGCAUCAGACACUGAAGUUGAUUGUGUUGUGAUUGAUUGUGGAUCAGCUUUUUGUAGAGCUGGUUUUGCAAGUGGAGAUUCUCCUAGAGCUGUUUUUCCUCCGAUUGUUGGUCGACCGAAACAUCAGUCUCUUAUUAUUGGAAUGAGCCAGAAGGAUGCCUACAUUGGUGAUGAAGCAUCAACUAGGAGGAGAGGAAUUUUGAUUUGGAAAUGUCCAAUCGAGAAGAGGAUUGUUACAGGAUCAUGGGAUGAUAUGGAAAAGAUUUUAUAUCAUACAUUUUAUAAUGAGUUGAGGGUAGAUCCUCAGGAACAUCCAACUCUAAUGUCUGAAAGUCCAUUCAAUCCAAAAUCAAAUAAGGAAAAGAUGACUCAGAUUAUGUUUGAAACAUUUGAAGUGCCUGCUUUUUAUAUGGCAAAUCAGGGAGUGUUGGGAUUAAUUGAUUCUGGAAAGAGUAGUGGAAUAGUAUUGGAUUGUGGAGAGGGUGUAUGUCAAUCAGUUCCAAUUUAUGAAGGAAUGGCACUGCCACAUGCCACUAUGGAAUUGGAUUUUGCUGGAAGAGAUGUGUCUGCAUGGUUAAUGAGUUUUUUGAUGGAUAAAGGAUAUUCUUUGUAUAAUACAACAGCAGAAAAGGAAAUAGUAAGGGAUAUAAAAGAGAAAUUGGGAAGAGUUGUUUUAAAUUUCUCAGAAGAAGUAAAUUCACCAACCACGAAAGAGGAAGAAUAUGAAAUGCCUGAUGGCAACAUUUUCAAAAUUGGAAAGGAAAGUUUUAAAAUUACAGAACCAUUUUUUACUCCAACUUUAUUGAAUAUGGAAUCGUAUAGUUUACAAGAAAUGAUUUUUCAAUCCAUUUCCAAAUGUGAUUUGGAUCUGAAAAAGGAAAUGUACAAUAACAUUGUUCUUGCAGGUGGAAGUACAUUAUUUAAAGGAUUUCAUGAGAGAUUAAGUAAGGAAUUGAAUGAAAUUAUUCCAACAAUGGUUCAUUCGAAUAUUUCUGCUCCACCUCACCGAAAAUAUUCAACAUUUAUUGGUGGAACAAUUUUGGGAAGGUUGUUAUCGUCUCAAAUAGUUGUUCUUCUUCUUGGUCUCUCAAGUGAAUACAAAGAAUAUGGAUCCUCACUAAUUCAUAGAAAGUGCUUUUAA